CCCCACGAGGGGUGCCCACCGCCUCAGAUGCUCUGGGCAUGGAAUGUAGGCUGAGAAUGUGGGCGGGCCGUGCUCCUGUUGCCCGGUGACCACAGACAACAGGAGCAAAGCUGCAGGGCUGGGAAGGGCCCAGCAUAUGGGGGACCACCAGCAAAGCUCGCUCUACAGCCACCGCAUGUCGGAGGCUGAGGACCAGCCAGAAAGGGGGCAGGAUGACGGCACCCUGGGCCUCCAGGGCCCCAAGUAUAAGAAACGAGGGUCCAGGGACCCCAAAUACCAGGGUCUGGAUGAUGGGGACCUGGGAUUGGAAGAACAAGAGGAGGAAACUUCCUCUGAGGAGGUGACUGGGGAAGAAUUCGUGGACGCCCAGAACCCGGAGGAGGCCCUCGCGGAGCUGGAGAGGGUUCUGGAGAAAGACGCGGAGGAGGGCGUGCCUGAGAUGAGCCGGCUGUCCAUCUCCCAGAGGACCCCCGGCACCUCCGUGGGCUGGGAGAGGAGGAGGAAGAGGCGGCUGUUUGAGUUGGCAAAACCCAAGACCAACUGGCAAGUCUUGAAAGACAGGAUGGGGUGUUGCUGCAGGGGCUAUGCCUGGAUCUCCCCCCGCAUGAGGAACCUGCAGUUCUGUGUCUACUGGCCAUCUGUGUACUGGACAGAGAGGUUUCUUGAGGAUACCACCCUCACCAUCACGGUGCCCGAGGUGUCCCGCCGGUUGGAGGAGCUGGCCCGACCUAAGAGGUUCUACUCGGAGUAUUACAACAACAACAGGACCACCCCCAUCUGGCCCAUUCCCCGGUCCACCUUGGAGUACCGAGCGUCCAGCCGCCUGCGGGAACUGGCCACCCCGAAGGUCCGGAAUAACAUCUGGAGCAUACACAUGUCUGAGGUGUCCCAAGUGUCCAGGGCAGCCCGGAUGGCCACCCCCAGUCCGAGGAUCAUCCAGCUGGCAAAGCCCAGGGCUCCAGCCACCCUGCUGGAAGAGUGGGACCCCAUGCCAAAACCCAAGCCACACGUGUCAGACUAUAACCGCCUCCUUCAUCUGGCCAUGCCCAAGGCCCAGUCGGACAAGUGUGUUCCUGACCGAAACCCGCGCUGGGAGGUGCUGGAGGUCACCAGGAAGGCGGUGGCCAGUCCGCGCAUCGUCUCCCUGGCCAAACCCAAAGUGCGGAGGGACCUGAGCGAGGGCUACAACCCCUACCGCGUCUCUCCAGCCUCCCUGGUGGCUCGUGCGUCCCCUCGCCUGUACGAGCUUGCCACCCCCAAGAGCGUCACCAAAAAAGCAUGAGCAGCCCAGGCCUGGCCCCUCAGCCUGUUCCCAGUAAAACCCAAGUGCAACCUGACCCUGUGUGUGGCUCUGAGCGCUUUGGCCUGGAGCCGGGAGGGCAGCGGGGGCCCGGAGGAGCCGGUAAUAAUAAUGUUUAUGUUUGCAUCCAGCCUGCAAUCCUGCAGCCCUUUUUCUCCAAUCACGUUCCCCUGCCGUCGCCAGCCCCUUGGAUGGCAGACUCCACGCUCUCCCACAUCAGACCUUUCCCUCUCAGCCUCUUCUGUCCCAACUUGCUUAUCCAGCCGCAUCCUGGGCGUCCACAGCACCUCAAACUCAGUGACCUCCAUAAUAAACCAGCCAA